CUUUCCAAGGGAAAGUUCACAGAAAAAUUUUCUCUUCAACAUUUUGGUGAAAAAAUUCAAAAAGAAAACGUUCUUCAGAAAAAGUGUAAACGACUCCAGGGUUUCUUAGGAGAUGUUUCCAUUAAACCUCGAUAAGACUGAACUUUUCUACGACUCCAGAAUGUCACGACUGUGUUGCGAUGCCUGUGGUAGGAACAGGAUGCCCUACUAUCGGUACAGGUGCCUUCGCUGUCCGAACUAUACUCUAUGCCCUUCCUGCCACAACAGGGGCGUCCGAUCGGGUCGGCACGAAUGGACCCAUCCGUUCCAGUGCCUGUUGAGUCGCGCCGGAUUGGAACUGUUCUUUGCCGGCGAGGCAAUGCCGGCUUUGUGCGCGGACAGCUUUACUUGUCCAAUGUGCGGCGAUGUGGGUUUUACAAGUGGUGAACUCAUAAAGCACUGCCAUACCAUGCACAGGGUGGAGCGCAAGGCAGUCAUCUGCCCACUGUGCGUGGCAAAGCCAUCACCGGGGCGUGGACAUUUGGUUGGCAAUAUAUGCACCCAUUUUGACCUCUGGCACUCAACCAGCAGUCCACAUGAUAAUAGUUUAUUUGGUUUUCAGUGGCCAUCAGGAGGCCCAGAAAUCAGUAACACAGGAACAAUAUUUGGAACUGGAACAGGCACAGGAUCAAUAUUUGGAACUGGGACAGGUACAGGAACCGCUACCCAUCACACCUUGCCCACAGCCCAAAUCCCACAAGUGCGCUUCCUAUUGCCAACGGGAUCGCCACCCUUGGCAAUUCCCGAGGAUCUCAGCGAUUACGAAUUAUAAUGUUGAAUCUUGGGAAUCAGGAUGAGACAUAACCAAUCUGAUGAUUCCAUUGUAUUUAGUUUUGUCUUGUUUUGGCAUCUUUUACCCUUACACAUACACCAAACAUAAAAAAUACGAACAAAACUACAAAAACUACAAAAUAUGUAACAAAUAUGCAUAAACCCUUGUAAAGAGAAGCUAUUUUAUUACAAAUAUUAUUUACUAUAUAUUUGUUAUGAAGAAUGCUUGCUACCAAAUUCGAAAUUAUGUAAAUAUUUUGGCCAAAUCAAUCACCACACAUACAUUGGAAGCCAUUCACACAAAACAUUUUAAUAAAUUGAAUAACGAGUAAAA